CUCGUAUACAUACAUAUUUUUUAUAACAAUAUAUGUGCACAUAUGUGUGUGACAGUUUAUUUAUUUACUUCAUUCUAUCAAAUUCACUUAGAGCCUUGCAAACCUAUUUACAUUUAUUUUCGAAACACCAAUAUUUAAGACACAUACAAUUUCUGUUUUAUUUAUAAGUUAUCUAUAUUGUACGUAGUUUCAACUGAAGUAAAAUUACAUAAACUGUUUAUAUUAUCUUUGUUAUACUUUGCUUACAUUACUUUUAAUGUGAAGUAUGCAUACUUAGGCUUGGUGUCACGUUAACUCGUCCUUGACAUUUCGAAGGAAAUAUAGUUUUGAAAUUUACCCUACAAAUACUGAUAAAAUUGAUCAACUAUAGUUUUCGUCAAGUAUUCACAAUGACACCUUUUGUUUAAUAUCCAAUCUUCAAAAAGCAGAUAAUUCAUUUCUAUAAGAUUACUUGUCACAAAUAUAUAUAUAUAUUUUGUAUAUAUAUAUACAAAAAAAAAAUGUUAAAACUACUUGUAUUCUCUGACAAAUUUGAAAAGGCACAUUUGAGAGUAUCACCUUUUUGCAACAAUUUUUUGCAAACAAUAAUAAUAAUAAUGCUGUAUAUUUAUACAAACAUACAAAUUUUCCUCUAUUUUCAAUUUAUGAAAUUGAUUAAUGUGACUUUCGGAUGACUCGUACAAUAAAUGAUGACAAGCACGGAAAAGAAAAAAAGUAUCGUAAAAUAUAAUUAAAUAUUUUAAAGGAAAAAAAUUUCGAAAGGAAAAAUUUGAAAGCGGAAAAGGAGGGCGCGCGCAUCAUGGCGCGUCGCCCUUACAACUUCCGGUGAAGCCACGUGAUCUAGCUAACGGUCGCUGUUGCCCCGAGGCGUCAUGGAAAAUUCCUAUUGCCGAGCAACAACCCUCUCCCCUUCCCUAUGUACAUACCCCCUGCUCUCCCCCACCCUUUCACAGUCCCCACUAUGUCGUUGUCAGGUACUUAUGUACAUCCCCCACUCUUUUGCAAAAUUCUCUUCCCCCACCACCUGCCCAAUGGUACCGGAUGUGCGGCAACGUCGCAACCGUUAAGUACAUAAGGACGAAUGGGAGGGGGACGAAGGGGGGUAUGAGAAAGAACUGGCAACGUGUACCACAUUCAAAUCUGGACGGAACCCGGUCGGCCUCUCGGUUCACCUCCGCACAAAACAGCAGAAAACGCGGGCCGCGAGAGAAUUGCGUGUAUAACGAACGAGGCAACCGACUAAACUGUUUAAGCUUCUUCUCGUUUUCCUUCCUCGUGCUUAUCGGUCGUGUCUCUAUGUCUAUCUCUCCUCCAUUGUCAAGUACAACAACCACAAAAUAGAUUCGCAACUCACAGAGGCGCAUUUCGCGGCGCCCUCGUGCGACGACCCAUUCGCUUUCCCCGCUGUAACUGUGGUAUAUUAUAUUUCGCGCGCGCGUACACACAGUUUCAUGUAAAUGUCACGGGAACGUAAGGGUAGCGUAUCCGUGUGGCGGAAGUGUUAUUUUGUUCUGUGGAAUUAUGUGCAUGGACAUUCAGGUUAACGAGAAGAAGGAGAAGAUGAACGACAGGAGCAUCGACGAAGACGUACAAAUCGUCGAAGCCCGAAUCAACAGAGCUUUUGAUAAAGUCGUAGUUAAGCAAGAACAUCCCGAUGAGGCGGAGAUCCGAGAACUGGCUGCCAAAAUGGUGGAAGCAAACAAGGCGAAAAUGGUCACAGGAGUACCAGGGGCACCACCACAACAAAGGCCCCCACAAUGUCUCCUUCCACAAUCAAAUCUUCCUGGUAUCCUGGGAUACUUGAACAAACGACCAGCGGAUUCGUCAACUGCCGUAUCAACGAAACCUCCUACGACGGAAGGCAAAGUACCGCCUGAUGAUGAAAGCCAAAGAGGCCGAUUCGGAUGGACCAGUUUCGACGAUUGUCACAUACCUUAUAUAUUUCGCUCUGGCGAAAAGUAUUGUGCUGUACGAAUUUUAGAAUCUAAGUUGCUGAACAAGUACCUGAGUUACCUGCACUCGGAUAUCUACAGUUGUACGUGUAUAAGGAGUUACUAUAUAACGGAAGCGGAGAGUAAGUUGUUCACCGACAUAAACGUGAAACACUGCGAGAAUCAGUUUGGAAGAGAUCCAUUCACGUGUAAAGACUUAGUGGUUCGACUUUCGGACGCAAAGGAGUUUUAUACGUUUUUGGACGUGUGUUACACGAAAUUAACGGCCGGGACGAAUCCAAACGUGUCAAAUGGGCAAAAGGCUGAUAAAUGUGGAUUCAUUCGGAUAAAUAAGGAAUCCGUUGUUCCUUACACGGUGAAGGACGGCCUUCAAUACGUCCCUCUCUUUUACUUCGAGGGCGAGACCGAGAAUCUCAAGUUGAAAGCGGAAAAGCUCGAGGGUUGGGACUUAUCGUAUUUAAAGUUUUGUUGCAAAGUACAGGGUAUUCGUAACGAAUUGUUCGCCAGUGAAACAUGUUCAGUGAUUAGUUUGAAUGACAUUAAAAGUUAUUUCCCGCCCGGCACGGGGUUCGAAGAUUAUUGGCCGACGAAAGUGAUGGACUCUCAGUUGUUAGUGAAUAGCAAAGGUGGUGGUAGCGGUGGCGGCUGGACCAAACAACCCACACCGCCAGCGACCAAACCAGUUCCCGUGCAAAAUAGUGCGAAUAAAGCGACUGUUAACGCACGUGCUGCCCCUAUGCAUAACAUGCUACCACGUGGAUCUGUCGCAAACACAUCGCAAGUGCAGCAACGAGUCAGCCAACCUAGACCCGUUGCGACCACCCAUCCAGCACAUUCUUCGCCAACAGCACUACCUUCAGGCAGGUCGAAUAUCGUCACACAGCCGAUGUUGAACACAGUGCAAAGUGUUAAUGGCUGGACAGGCCUCGUCGGUGGUCAACCCACCUUUCAAACGGCGGCGCUUGUUUCUCAACCUAGUUCUAUUGUACGAAUGCCUUCGUCCCUAAGCAUGCACAAUCAAAUAUCUACAGCACCAAAAAAUUAUUCACAACAAUCUAGUAGGAGUAGAGGGGGUGGAGGUAGUGCAGCAGCUCAGUACCCUGGAGUUUAUCCAGUUACAACUAUGCAGAAUGUUGUUCAGGCCCAACCACCCCCUCUUGUCAGAGCAACAGUUCACUCCAAUCAACCUAAUCUUGGUUAUCCAACCUAUGGGAAGGAUGACUGGGUUACAUCAACAUAUACUACGCCUACUUUAGGUGUACCAAAUGCUGUUACAGCAAGUACAUACCCUCAAAUGCUAGGUUUAAGCGAACAAGUACAAGCUCUGAUGCCGUCACCUACUCAGGUAUCUACGCUAUUACACUCACAAAGGCAUACACCAUCCGUACAUAACACAUCUCAUGCGAAAUAUCCACCACCAUUAAUACCAGUUAAUGGUAGUAAUAAUAGUUCCAGGGAUUCAAGAGGCAGAAAGCCAUUGAUCCCAAUAUCAGAAACACAUAUAUCAACCUGUCAAGUUCAACCUUAUCAAAUUCAGAAAGCGCUUGUAGAAGACAAAAUGGUACCUUGUAUUAAUUUCAAGCCAUAUAUAUAUUCUGAAUUACUGAUGACGCUUCCUGACUUCGUCGCUCAGUAUUUUCCUAUCUGUGACAUUAAUAGCUGUCGGCAAGUCCUAACAGAUGUCUUGCAUAUAGACUUAUAUCAAGGAAAUAGGCUACAAAUGAAAAUGUUAAUGGAAGCAGGGAAGUGUUCAUCUUUAAACGAAGAACUACCAUUAAUACAAGUAAAAAGUAUAAUGAAAUACAUGCCUCAAUUGAAAUAUAUGUUUAAUAGAGGUGGUGAGAUGGUAAUGCCUGCACCUGCACAUUCUUCUGAGGAACACCCUGCCAAAAAACGUCAACGCACCAGCUAGGACUGGCUACAGCCUUACUGGCCUACUUAUGAUUACUAUCAUUCGGCAUUUUAAAAAAAGCCGUUACCUUUACUCUAAUGCAACAAAUCAGCAUUAUUAUAUGCCCUGAAAAAACGUAAACCAGAUUAUUCCGUAUUGACGUCAUGUGCCAGAAAGAGUGCACGCAAAUGAAGAUUACCUUUUAUAAUACAAGGAAUCUGUGACAUACUGUGAGCUAUUUCUUUCUCCAAAGUGUAUCUAUCGACGAAAGAAUACUUGUAAAUAAAACGGAGAUGUAUAAAACUAGUGUUGCACAGUUGGCAGUUUAGAUAUGCUUUUAUAUAUUAAGAUUAUUAAUACUUUUCUUUAAGAUUUUUCGUUUACAACUAGAAGUUGUCGAACGAACAAUAUAAAUACUGUGACUAUCACACAUACACACAAGACCAUUCCUUUCUUCUUUGUUUGUCCUCAUUUUAUUUUUCUACCUCUACUAUAAAGUAUCUUACGUAUAGUAUUUCUUUAUAAAUAAAAUGAAAGUUUUAACAUUAAUGUGAUUCGGAGAAAGAAAGUGCCGCCAUGCGAUAACUCAUUAACAGAUGCGAAAUACAAGAAGGAGGUUGUUUGAACUUGCUUAUAUUGCACGUUUAACGGAUAUCAAAAAGAUUUGGCAUUUGUAUAUUUAAAGAGACGGAGGUAAUGCUUCUUCAAGUUCCUAGUUAUUACUAAUAUGUAUCCUGAUAAUUGCUGAAAAAUAAUUUAAAACUGUUACUAAUUCACAACAAUGGUUUAACAUAAAUUGUGACAUAAGUUUAGUGAAUCUUACUAGAGAAAAAGUAUUCUAAGUUUUGAAUCUUGGAAAACUCUAUUUUCUAAAGUUCACUUAUCAGAGACACCGUACACAGUGAUGCAAAUAAUUUUGUUCAAGUAUUGUCUGUGUAAAUAUCUAAGUCAAUAAAAAGAAAUGCAAUUUAGAAUAUCAUUAAAAAUAUGACACAUAUUAACAGUUGGUGAGAUAUCUACUACCAGUGUUUGUGAAGGCUUCAUAACUAUUUCAAAUGUGAAUACAAUCAUUUAAAGGAUGUAAUUGGCUUCUUUUAUUUUUUAUAAAAUGAACAAAAUAAUUAUUAAUUAUGUAGAAAGUUAUGUAAAAAAAAUACAAAUUUAUAUUACGUAAAGCAUAAA